GCGAAAUUCAUCUGGCUAUUGCCAGACGAUGAAGUUAUCUCCAGUCUCCCUCUUCAGAUGUCACUUUACUUUAACCUGUGGUUUUUCCCUAUGUGGUGGGUAUGUGAAGUCAUCAUGCUCCACCUAAAGUAUCCAGCCCUUCCUGACUACUACAAGUUUAUUCUGGUGACUGUCCUAAUAUUGAUGACCCUUAUUGAGGAAAUUAGGCUUUACCUUGGCUAUGUUGGAAACCUACAAGAGAAGGUAUCAGAGCUGGCUGGCUUUUGGUUAUUGAGUCUACUUUUGCAGUUCCCUCUCAUUUUGUUUCAACUUUUUAAUGAGUCCAUCCUUGUUCAGCCACUGGAAAGAGGAGUCCAUAUAGUGCUGUCCUUGUUCGUUCUUACAGAGGCUCUGUCAGGUUUUGUGGCCCUUCGAGAAAUGGUACAUCACACAGAAAGCCAUUUCCAUCUUCAGCAGUUCGCUGGUGUCCAGGAGCUGAGAACAUGAUUGAGAACUAUCAGCAGUGGAGAUUUACUAACAGAACGAUCACUCUGCACUAA